CAGUGCAAUGUAUUAUAAAGUUGAAUGGCGUACAUUUCACGCUAAACCGUUACAGUUGAAAGAAAACAAAGUGUAUAAUUAUCCAUUGUUUAGUAAUAAUUAUUUUAACUGGAAAAUCUCUCUUAUAAUUUUUUUAAACGAUAUCUGAUUCAAUAUCGUUGGCAAGAUAAAAGAGAAAUUAUUUAUUUGUCAUUUAUUAUCAAACAAUCAGAGUGAAUAUUCCACUCUAACUUAUCAUUUCAAUAUUACGUUCAUUUAUAUUUAACUACUAACACAUUAAAUAUUAUAAUAUUUGUUAUUAUAAUAAUUUUUGUGCUGCGUAUGAUAUUAGAAUAUAAUCUACGCUUGUAUGUCAAUUUUUCUAUUAAAUAGAUAAACAUAAUUCGUAGUGACAUUAGUUUAUGUUUUCUAUACAAAAUAUACAAUUGAAAAAAAGUAAACAAUUAGCAUCUACAUACAACUAUGUUUUUAAACAUUAAGCUUUAUGUGAAGCAUAUUUAAUAAUAAAAUAUUAUGUUCUCUCUGCGAUCAAGCAGUAAGAAUGGCACCAGGACGAGACGAAGUUCCUGUUAAAAGAAUAGCAGCACCAGGUUGUAAGUUGCCAGCAAAAUUACCAGCAAAUGAGAUUCUUACAGAUAUCACUCAGAAUAAAUGGAGACUUGGUAGUAGCAUUGGAUACGGUGGAUUUGGCGAUAUAUAUUUAGCUUCCAAAGAUAUUACAUCUCCAGUAGGCGAUGAUGCACAAUAUGUUAUUAAAAUUGAACCACAUAAUAAUGGACCUUUAUUUGUUGAGAUGAACUUUUAUAUUAGAGUAUCUAGGAAACAUAUGAUUGAAAGUUGGUGUAAAACACAAAGAAAAAGAAGAAUAGGCGUUCCAACUUACGAAGGAUCUGGAUCUCAUGUUUAUCAAGGACAACGUUAUAGAUUUUUAGUGAUACCAAGAUAUGGUAUAGACAUUGGUAAACUGUUUAUAUCAAAUAACAGAAAAUUACCAACUAGACUUGUUAAUAAUUUAGCUGUACAAAUGCUAGAUGCAUUAGAGUACAUUCAUAGUCAUGGAUAUGCUCACGCAGAUAUUAAAGGCCCAAAUAUUUUAUUAGCUCCUUAUGAAGAAAGUGUAGUGAGAGAAAGAUCUCAAGCUUACUUGGUAGAUUAUGGAUUGGCUUAUCGCUUUAGAACAACAGCUGGUAAUCAUAAACCAUUUGUUCACGAUGAAAGAAGAGCACACGAAGGAACCCUGGAAUUUACGUCUCGUGAUGCGCAUCAUGGAACACACUCAAGAAGAGGAGAUCUUGAAACAUUAGGAUAUAACUUAUUACAAUGGAUGUGUGGUAAAUUACCUUGGGAAAAAGAUAGUAAUGAUUUAUCCGAAGCAAUAGAUCCGGAAGAAGUUCAUGCUGAAAAGGAAGCUUUAUUAUCAAAUUUAUCUCUACUUAUGGAGAAAUGUUUCCCAACCAGAAAGAAUUAUCCAUCUGCUCUUAUGGAAUAUAUGAAGUAUAUUACAGAAUUAGAUUUUGAAAGCAAACCAAAUUAUUCUUAUCUUAGAAGUCUAUUUCACCCUGGCACCAAUCAAGAAAGUAAAGUUCCUACGUGUCUCUUCAAUAUCCACGAGUCCAAUGAGAAUACUUGUGCCACGUCGAUUAGGCGACCAUAUUUACGAGAACGAAAACCAUGCAGACCCGUAAAUGGCGAGAUUCGGAUAACAAGAAAUACGCAAUCGAAAAGUCAACCAAAAAAAUUCUGUUGGGAGGAAGUAUUGGCAUUUCAUCCAGACAGACUAGCAAAAAUUAGUGUACAAACACCACCAACUCCAUUGACACCACCACCGUCCCCACCACCAUCGCCAAUUCCAUCGCUACCCACUUAUGCGAUGUUAGAUGUUAUUCGUAGAAUGAAAGAGAGACAAUCAGGAGCAUAUAAACAUAGGUCACGAUCAGUAGACAUUGACUGUAAAGCAAAAUGGAUGACUCCGGCGAUGGAAGAAAUUGCACGUUUGAAAAAGAGAUCAUUGGAGACUUUGAUUUCGUCUAUUAAUUCUAAUACCUCUGGUACGGCACGUAUAACACGUUCUCGAGUGGCAAAAUUAAAACGUCUAGGAAAUCAUGACAAGUUCGAUCAAAUACUAAAUAGCUCCAGUAAUAGCAGAAACGCACAAAGAAAAAAAUAAGACAUUAUGCUACUACGCUAAAAAUUUUUCGAUCAAUCUCAAAUGUCUGUUGUUAUCGAACAAUAUAUUUGCCUCUCCGAUUAUUUUAUUAUCAGACAUAUACUUAAUAAGUAUUAUAUAAUUUUUUUUUUUAGCUUAUACUUAGAUUUAUAUAAUAAUUAAUGUUCGACGUUCCUCACACGAUGGGAUAAAAAUUUGAUCUAUUAUUAUUAACAUCAUUACUGUGUUAUAGUUCACUGUACAAUGUUAUUAAAAAACAAAUGUGUACCGUCGAGACAGUUUCGCGUUAAUCGACGAAUAAAAAAGAAACUACACUUCUC